UGUAGAGCAUGGAUCCACCGCACAAUCCUUUCAACUUUCAUCUUGGCCCACCGGCUUCCCACGGUGUCCACAGCCACCAUCCGGAACCUACACCGAGUCCACCCCAAAGUGUCCCAGGACGCAGAACUCCACUCGGCACGGUCGGUCUCGGUGGAUUUUACGCACAACCGCACGCAUCUUCUUCAUCCCAUACGGAUGAAAACCGUCCCUCGGGAAGUUCUGAAAGCCCACCGCCUCAUCAUCACGCCUCCGUCCCACCGGGUGGCCCUGGGAAGCAAAAAAAUCGCCAAGGCAAAUCGGUCCGACUGAACAUUAACGCACGGGAACGUCGAAGAAUGCACGAUCUGAACGAUGCACUGGACGAGCUACGUAGCGUCAUUCCCUACGCACAUUCACCAUCGGUGCGAAAGCUUUCCAAGAUUGCCACGCUGCUGUUGGCUAAGAACUACAUACUCAUGCAGGCGAAUGCCUUGGAUGAGCUUAGAAGACUGCUAGCGUACAUACAGAGUGCUGCCGGUGCCAGUAUCCCAACGGUGGACUUACGCACUAUGCCUUCGGCCCUCAAGUUGCAGCAGCUGCUGCAAGCUCCUCAUCAGGAUCUAACCCUCCAGCAGGUUGGUGGCUCUUCUUCGACCAGCACGACAAGUCAGCCACCACCACCGCCUCCACCUGCCCCGAGUCAGAAUCCUUAA